GGCUUCCAGCGGACAACGAAUAAGAAACGUUAGUGCUUAAUUUUAAACAAUUGUUUAACCAGAGCUUUAUUGCUACUUUGAGAAUCAGCUUAUCCAAAACAAACUACUACUCUACUCUUGUACCGAACAAUACCAAAAACUAUAAAACCCCUUAUUCGACGGAUUCAUGUUUACGUUUAUCUUCUAAUUGGGAAAUUCACGAUGCCGGGCAGAAAUUAUCAAACCAUUCUAUCGGUGUAUCGAUUUAUCGAUAUGACUUGCAGCUGUAUUAGCCGCGUCCAAGCGCGGGACAUUUUCUAGCUUAAUCGCAACUCUGGAUGAACUUGCCGUCCAGGAGAUGAUCGCCGUCGCAGAACCGCCGCUGGAGUUUGUGCCGCGCGGCCGUCAGUCGGCCGCCGAGCACCCUGGCCCGCAGGAUCAGCCGCUUCCCAGGUACCAGCUACCCACCUCGGAGCAUCUGUUGCUGCAGCGGCUGCAGAACGUGAAUAUCUCGGCUGCGGGCGAGGACUCCCCGGCUGGCCAGGAGUCCUGGUCGAUCCGGGAGAUGUACGACGACUAUGAGGGGGCGGAAGAUCGGGCGGCGCGGCGAAGGCAGCUGAUAGAAAGGACAAAACGAUGCGGACCCAAGGCGGCGGCGGCCACGCAGCUUACGUCGCUGCCGCAGAGCCUGCUGAACCCGGCGCCGGAGCGGCGCGAGGAGCCGAUGUGCGACUAUAUGGUGAACAACGAGGAGGAGCUGUACGUGCACCGGAACACUGUGGUGUGGACAAAGGGCCUGGACGACGGCGACGAUGGUGUUUACAAGCGCAUGUGCUUUACGGCCGACACGCCGGUAAGGAAUGCCUGUUUCCUGAACCGUAGCUUUGUCCGUGGACGCCUCGCUCAGCUGGAGGCGGCCAUCCAAACGAAGGACGACACCCUCACCGCCAUCUGUGUGAUGGACCAGGACUCGCUGCGCGUCUACUGUGACGACGGCGAAGACUUCCUUGCCAACCUUGACUUUCCCGUCUCGCAGGUGUGGCAGACAAUGCACGGCCUGCUGUUGCAAAAGGAUUCCAGCCAAGCCCUCGUUUCGCACCUGUCCUUUCCCAUGCCGCGGCUCUUCUCGAUGUCGCAUCCCCUACACGAGGCCUGCCCGGUGGUCCUGAAGACAGCCACCAACUCGAUCGGCUACAUGACGGAACCGGAGUACAGUGUGGUCUUCACCACGGAUGAUUCGGACCUGGUUCUGCUUUACGACGUGAAGUUCUCGAAGCAUUUCGUGGCCCGGCUAAGAAAGGUGACCGUGGAGGAGGUUAAUCAUGUUGGCCACCAGACCCAGGAUUUGGGACAGACGCUCCUGGGGACCAGGCCGCAGUCGGCGGGCAACAGUUUAAGUGGGAUUAAACAAACGGGAGCCAUGCCCAAGACUCCGGUCGGAUCGUUUAUGGCCAGAAGCAACACCACCACUGGCUUGGCCAACAUGUCGAAGUUCGGGCUCAGUCAGUCGCAGUCCUUCAGCGGAGUCCUCGGUCAAUCCAAUCGCGCCUCCUUGGGAACUCCGUUGAGCCAGCUCCAAAGUAGCAUUAGCCAGCAGUCCAUGUCCAUGAAGGAGAUGCGCAAAAUAACGAGCGUGAAGCCAGCGAAACCGAUCGAGCCGGAGUUGUGUUUGGAGCACAUCUGGACGGAGAACAUCUACGGAGUACAACGUGAACUGUGCGAGAUGGCCACCCGAGCCUUCAUCCACACGGAUUUGGUGGGCCAGACAUUUCUGUGCUACCUGCUCGCCCGCUCCUGCCGCCUCCAGAUGGUCCGCCUCACUGGCUAUGGAAGCAGUGAAGUGCAGCUCUCCACACUGGCCACGACUCUGGCAGCCAAGGAUGCUGUGGGUCUGAGUAGAUUGCAAAUGGUCGCAGUCCUCGAUCCUAGCGGUAGUCUUAUCCUCUACACCGGAACCGUGCUCAUCUCCAAGGUGCACAUAACGCCGCUGCUGGCACCCACGCCAUCGCCUGUACCGCCUCCUGCCGCACCAAGUCAAUCGAAGCCAUCGGUUGCCGCAGGAACUUCCGGUGCUGCAGGCAACAGCUCCUUUGUGGAGGUGCGUCGUAGCAGUCUGCUGCCCACCAAGGCGCCAGUUGAUCUGGCUGGCUUUGAUGAGGAGCUGCACAUGCUGUCGCCGAUCCUGCCGCAAGCGGUGUCCUAUGCCCAGAGGCAGGCGCACAAUGUCUGCAAAUCCCUGAGAGAUCCGGCGGGCAAUCGGUUAACCCUGGUUUACGCCACCGGUCGGAUGCUGCGGAUAGCCCUACCCCUGCUAAAUGAUACCCGCUUGUUGACGCGAUGUGUGGCCACGCUGCGACAGGUCCUGAGUCCCAGCCAAUUCCUGCAUUUCGUGAUCCGUUGGUACAGCGCCAGGAAUCCGCCGGGGUCGCGGGACUACUCCAUUGAGCAGGAGUGGUUGCUAUUCCGGAGUACGAUACUAGCCCUAAUGGGCUUGACCGCUGCUCCCGAUGUGGAAGCGACCGAGGGCUAUGGCCGAUGUGCGACGCCUCCGCUGAAUGCGACCUUCGGUGGUGGAGUGGCUGGCGGUCUAGGAUCCGGAUCUGGCUCCAAUUGCAGCUCCAAUUCUACGCUGGGCGCCCAGGACGAGCCAAAGAAGCGGCGAAAAUACAAUGAUUGUGAGGACUACACCGACGACGACUGGGAAUUCCUGCUGCUCCAAACGACGUUAGCUCCCUGCGGCGCCGAUGGCCACAGCUACAGCGUGGACAUUGGUGCGCCGCUCUUCCAGAUGAUACCCGCCAUAUUCUAUAGUCUGCACCUGCUCUACGAGGACCUCAAGCUGGACGCCGUGUUCCAUGCGGCGCUUUCCUACCUGGCAACGUUCCUCCACCAACUGGCCAUUGAUAUGCAGCUGGACAGCUACGUGCUGCACUACAUCCUUGACUUUCCGGAACUGAGCCAUCGGACGGGGAAGCUGUCGCUGCUGGGAGCCGCGCAUGGAGCCAUGAUGCUUCACCAGGAGCUGCUCCGAGUGCCAGCGCCCAGUAUAUUCUCUCAACUGGAGCACAUAGUGAUCGGUGAGGAGGAGGUACUGCCCUACACCUUUGUGAGCAAUGUGAACGAGCGGAGCCGAAAUCUGUUGCAGCUUGUCUCAUUGGUGAUCCACGGGCAGGAGCGCCUCAAGCACUGGUGGCAACUGCUCGAGCUUCCCGAAGCCGUGCAAGCCAACUUUCCCCGGAGAGUCAAGCGCAGCAUUACAGCGGAUGCACCGCGUUGCCAUCAGCUGCUGGAGCUAAUUCUAGCCAUGCGACUGACCCGGAGGGACAUCGAGCGAUUUCCGGCAGCCGUGCAUCUCAUUAUUGCUGAGGCGUUGGAGGAGGCGCGUCUGGCGCCGCCCCUUGGCUGUAGCACGGCCACCUACGACCUGAUCCUGCGCCCGGAGCUGGCCGAACACACCCAACUGCCAUUCAUGGAGGCAACCAUUGGGCAGCCGCAUUGUGGCAAAGUGUACAAGGAGGACUCCCUGUCGACCAGGUCCCCGCCAACCGCCGGCGCUGUGCUCGAACAUGAAUGCUCGGAGCAAAUGCGAUACGACGAUAUGGACAAUAUGGAUACGAAGCUGCUGCGACUGCGCUUUCCGGACGAUAUGCGCGUGGAGGAGGUGCGCCGCCUGCUGAACAGCUCGGAACCGGUGCUCAUCGAGGUGCAGCAGUUGCCUGGGACCAGCGAUCACGAAUUUAUUGAGGAGCAGGAGAAGCAGCUGUUCGCUCUGUGCGCCCGGACGAUGACACUGCCCCUGGGCCGGGGCAUGUUCACCCUGCGAACCAUGAUGCCACGGCCCAGCGAUAGCCUGUCCAUGCCCAGGUUAUGCUUGGUGGGCCGGGAGCCAAUCAAGGGCACCACCAUCGAGAUGCAGCAGAUUGAGUUUCCCGCCAACAUGCACAUGUGGCCGUCGUUCCACAACGGCGUGGCCACCGGCCUGAAGAUUUCGCCGCAGACCCAGGACAUUGACUCCACGUGGAUUGUGUACAACAAGCCCAAGGCCCAGGCGAACAAUGCCCUUGAGCAUGCCGGCUUCCUGAUGGCCCUGGGCCUCAAUGGUCACCUGAAGAGCCUCUCCUUCAUGAGCCUGUACAAAUACCUGGUGAAAUGCGACGAGAUGACCAAUGUGGGCCUGCUGCUGGGCAUCUCGGCCGCCCAUCGCGGCACCAUGGAUACGAAAACCACGAAACUGCUGAGCGUUCACUUGGAGGCACUGCUCCCGGCCACCGCCAUGGAACUGGAUAUACCGCAGAGCACUCAGGUAGCCGCCUUAAUGGGCCUCGGUCUCCUCUACCAGGGAUCGGCCAAGCGUCACAUAGCCGAGGUGCUGCUGCAGGAAAUCGGACGACCGCCGGGCCCGGAGAUGGAGAACAGUGUGGAGCGUGAAUCGUACGCCAUGACGGCCGGCCUAGCCCUCGGCCUGGUCACCUUGGGGCAAGGCGAGUCACCGGCCGGCCUGAGAGACCUCCAGCUGCCGGACACGUUACACUACUACAUGGUUGGCGGCGUAAAGCGACCCAUCAGCGGUUCCCAGAAGGAGAAGUAUCGUCUGGCGUCGUUCCAGGUCCGCGAGGGCGACAACGUCAAUAUUGAUGUGACCGCGCCGGGAGCAACGCUUGCACUGGGCCUCAUGUUCUUCAACUCGGGGAAUACGGCAAUUGCAGAGUGGAUGCAGCCACCGGAUUCCAGAUAUUUGCUAGACAUGGUGCGGCCGGACUUCCUACUGCUGCGCACCAUAGCCAGGGGCCUCAUCCUAUGGCAGGAUGUCCGGCCGGAUAACGAGUGGUUUCAAGCGCAAUUCCCGCAAGCUCUCCGCAUCCAUCUGCGGCUCUCGUCGGUGGAUGAGGACACGGGCUCCGAUGACGGUGAUGUGGACUAUGAGGCCAUCACGCAGGCCUACUGCAACAUUAUGGCCGGAGCAGCAUUCUGCAUUGGCUUGAAAUACGCCGGAACGGAGGAUGCGGUGGCCUUUGCCACACUACGAGCAGUGAUCAAGGAGUUCUUGCGGUUCCCCAGCUCUCCGAUGAUCGAUUGUGCAGGCCGCACCACCGUGGAGAGCUGCCUGAUGGUUCUGCUCAUUAGCAUUUCCCUGGUGUUCGCCGGCUCCGGCAACUGUGAGAUAUUGCGCAUCAUCCGGUAUCUGAGAUCGCGUGUCGGUCCGCAGUAUCCACACAUCACCUAUGGCUCCCACAUGGCCAUUCACAUGUCACUUGGACUGCUCUUCCUUGGUGCAGGGCGGUUUACCAUAGCCAAGACGCCGGAAUCAAUAUCGGCGCUGGUGUGCGCAUUCUUUCCAAAGUUCCCCAUUCACAGCAACGAUAAUCGGUAUCACCUGCAGGCCUUGAGGCAUCUUUACGUCCUGGCAGUGGAGCCGCGGCUGUUUCUGCCCCGCGACAUUGACACACACCAGCUGUGCCUGGCCAACAUUUCGGUGCUGGAAAUCGGUGCCACAGAGAUGCGGCGCCUGCCCAUCGCUCCGUGCAUCCUGCCCGAGCUAAGCAGCCUCCAGCUGGUGGUGGUGGACGACGAGAACUACUGGCCCGUGCGUUUCGAACGAUCGUGGAACUGGCAUCAGUUGGAAAAGGCCCUGGAGAUGAGUGCACCGAUCGAUAUUAAGAAGCGAACCGGCUGCCUUUCCCACCUCGAGGAUCCGGAUAGACUGAAAAGCAUGCUGGCCCAGACCCUGACGAUGGAGCAGAGCAUCUGCUGGCAGAUCGACAUCAACGAUCUGCACCAGUUUGGUAACGAGCGGCUAGUGAAGCCGUUCCUCAACCGCUGCUUGUCGACGAAGGGAACGGAUUUAAGCUACCCGGAGCAGGUGAAGCGCCACCAAAUGAUGCUGCUCUUCUACAAUGCGGUGGUCAAGGAUCGAAUACACCUAUUGCCCGUAUACCUGACCCUAUACGACCACGUUACCAAGUCCAUGAUAAACAACAUCGAUGUGUGGCAGAUGAAGCUGAUAGAUGCCUACUUGGGCCGAAGAGACUUGGCGGAGGAGCACCCCCUCAUCUCCGUGGAGCUCAUCCAGAUGAUGCAGGAGCUGUUCAAGCAGGAAAUGGAAGACUCCACAUCGGAGCUGUGCCUGCCGCUGCGAGAGUUCCUCAGCCAGAAGCGAUUGGAACCCAGCUAUGUGACCACAGUCAGUGGACCGGACCUCCAACGCGCCUUCUGCGUGAUUAACUAUUACAACCUGAUGCCCAAUAUGCUGAGUGGUGUGGACCUGAGCACAGGGACUGUCAACUACAUGCGGAUACUGUACGAGUGCCGGCAACUGAAUCUCGAAGCGCAUACGAUUUUCGGUCUGCUGAAGAUACUCCAGGCACUCGAUGCCACUACCGAAGUGGUGGUGACACUGGACGAAGCGUCGCUGCUGGCCUACUCCAUGGCCACCCAAUGAGCCAGAUUAAUUUGUUAGUUAAGCUAGAAAUUGGUAUAUCUUGAAUGCUCCCAUGCGCCGCGAUUGAUUAAGUUUUCAUUUUGAAAGUAUGUUCACUCUCUAGGAGAUCUUCUAUCUCGUAUUAAAUUAAUAGUGUCAUAAUGAAGUCGAAAGUAAUUCUUAUCCACAAGUAUAAUCAAUUUUUUAGUACCAAAUAUGGUUUGGUUUUAGUGUAGCCAAGGGCAUAAUAACCAAAUGCAUAAAGUACAUUACGCGAAUUGCCUCAUUAUUAUAAGGUCAAAGAUUGAAUGUUGAAGUAUCUCCAAAUCGAGAAGUUUAUUAUAAAAUUUAUAUGGAAUAUAUAA